UUAAAUUUCUUAUAUGACUGUUGCGUGUGUUCGCGCGUGUUUAUUAUCUACUUGCCGCCAGACGCGUUACCAUGGCGAUCGUUAUCUACUGUACACUCACUUGUACAAUAUCGGACUGGGUUUCUCUCUACUUAAGAAAACAAAAUGGAAGGGAAUAGAAGAGCAACAGAUUUACAGUUGACUUUUAUUGGUGUUCGUCACGUUGGCAAAACAUCGCUUCUCCGAUCCUACAAUUCAGGACGAUUCGAUUCCAGCCAACUGAGUGAUGAUCAACAACGGAUUACCAUUACGGAAGACACAGUCCAAGACAUCCAGGUGGAUGGAAUUUCGUACCUUUUCAGGCUGCGUGACACGUUCCUGAACUCGCCCGAUCAAUAUUUCACGUCUGAACGCCUUUUCCCUCUUCAAUGCCUCAACACUACUGCUUUGGUUGCUUGCUACGCGGUGGAUGAUCGAGCAUCUUUUAUGAAGUUAAGAGAAUUUAUUCUUUUGGCUUCUCAUUUUCUACCACCUGACACUCCCAGAAUCAUCGUUGCCACAAAGAUCGACCUUAGAGAUUUAACCGAAACCAACAGCUGUGUGGGUUAGCACAGCAGAGGGAAGGGCCAUGAGCAGACAGAUGAACGCAAACGCAUUUGUGGAAUGUUCGGCUCUUUCGGGUCAAAACCUCCGACAGGCUUUUGAAGAAGCCGCCAAAGCAGCAGUCAAACAUCGAUCUCAGAUUAAAGAGAAGAAAAGAUGCACGAUAUCGUGAGAAAUAAUAAAAGGACGACUGAAUCUAAAUUUGAAUAAUAGUGCGCCAUUGCCUUUUUUUUUUAAACAUGAAUUGAUCGAGCUUAAAUAAUAAAAUAAAUAAUCUUUUGUGAUUUCAUUGUUGACCCUUAAAAAUCUCACAAACAGGAUGUAGAUUUGAUCAGUGGGUUUUUGCUGAGUUUUUUUUUAUUGCACAAUCACUGCGGGAUUUUCCAGAACACGCAAAUACAGUUCAAACGCCUCCAGACACCACCCGCCAGUAAAUGCAUAAUGAAUUGCGCCUUUUCCAUUGACUCACUUUCAGAGUGCUGUAUAAACCGGUUAUUAUUAGGAAAUUCGCAAAGUUUAACUCGCAAUUCAUUCUUUUUCAAUCAUGGGCGUCUUCUCCGCCUCACAUUGCUGGGGUUAUUCACCGCUAAAACAGGAGCCCUGAAGGAGCGAAAAACAAGUUAAAAUUAUUAUUUUCAGCUCACGACUUUUUUCGCAGUACCAGCCUUGGGCGAAAUAAAAAAAACUUGAAUUAAAAUGUGUAUUCAAUAAUUAGCUUUAUUUUU